UCACAAUCAGAGUGUAGUGACGGCUGUAGUCUCGACAGACGCUGGUAUCAAGAGGGACAAGGAACUACACUCAGUGGGAUAACAACUGACAUCGGAGAAGCAGGAGGAGGUGCUAAUAACGCAAACGCCACCAACACCACCACAACUACCACACCCGGAGCAACAACGGCAACACCAGCAACAUCAGCGACACUAGUAAAUGUAACAACAACCACUCCAGGCACAAUAACUCCUAAGGUUCCACAGACAACAAAGGCUCCAGCGACAGGAACGAACCAAACCACUGCCUCGACGUGUGGGUUAAACGCUCAGGUGGUUGACGGGGCUUGCGUGUGCAAGACUAACUGGACCCAUGAUCCUGCCCACCCUGGCCCUCACUGCCCUUGUCCUGACCUGUGUGCAGGUCACACGGUGACCUGCCCACUCGGGAGUGAGUGUUAUCAUCUGACCUGCAACUUCGUGACCUGCAGCUGCCCUCAACACUACAAGUUUGAUUCUUUAACCAACUCUUGCAAAAGUCUGUGUCAGUACUACGGGGAUGUAGUGUGCAGCCUGGGGUCCGGCAUGGUGUGUGUGGACACAGCGGGCGCACCAAAAGGCUACACUUGCAGGUGUUCCCCCGGAUACAUCCUCGUCAACGACACCUGUCAAGAUGUGAACGAGUGCACAAGGAACGAGGGCAGCCCCUGCCGCCAGAAUGAACACUGUAUCAACAUCCCUGGCAGCUACAAGUGCCCCUGCAUCCACGGCUACCUCAGAGACUCUGCUGGUUCCUGUAUCAACAUCAAUGAGUGCUUGAACCCGAGUUUGCAUGAUUGCGAUCACAUCUGUGUUGAUGCCAGCCCACCUGUCUUCUACACCUGUUCCUGCUACCCGGGAUUCACCUGGAACGAAACACAGCGUCGGUGUGUACCUGGUAACGCCAGCAGAGAGUGUGAAUGCGGCCAACCAGAGAGAAGUGUUUGUUAUGAUCCACCAGAAGGGAAACGGAUGUGUUAUCCGCGUCCUGGAUUCGCCUUCAAGAACGGCACUUUCAGCGGUAAGUUUGAGAGAUGCAUUGAGUGUCCAGCAGGCUCGGUGUUGGUGGGAUCCAGGUGUGAGGACCCUUGUUCAGCACUCAUCUGCCCACCGCCACUUACAUGCACACUCAGCAGUGCCGGAAAACCAGAGUGCCAGUGCCACAGUGAAUGUCAAGACCUGCUUCAAGUGGGUGCCACCUCCAGCGUGUACCGAGGCUCUCUGGUUGUCACUACCACCACCACACCGGCCGUCACUGCCUGGCGCCUCCUUACAGCACUGGAGAUGUACUUCGGUCUUCAUAACGUUGAGAUUGUCUCUAUGAAGGACCAGACACUGAAGAAGAGAUCGGUGUCCCAGCCCAAGGAGCUGGAGGCGGCGUUCCUUGUCUCUGCUGACCAGUCUAACAUUGCCCAGGAGAUCGCUGACCUCCUAAAGAUUAUGUGUGAGACGAGUGUGGCCAAUUCACCCAACAUGUGUGUCUUGCCUGGAGGUCUGGUGGUUAAAAAGGCUUCCAUCACGGUCAGUGACAAAGACCCGUGUGUGGCUAACCCAUGCGUUGAUGAGAGCUCUGUGUGUCAGCUUCAGAGGAACGUCAGCGGUCGCUUCACCUGUUUCUGCAAGCCCGGCUUCUUCAAGGUGAAUGCACACACUUCUCCAGGGUUUUGUCAGGAUAUUGACGAGUGUAGUAACAACAAGAGUAUCUGCGAUGAGAACAACGAAUGCAUCAACACGCCAGGCAGCUUCGUCUGCAGGCUGAAGUCCGUGUCAAUGAGACAAGCCAGGGCAGAGCGAGAGAUGGCGAUCUCGUUUGGCGUUCUGUUUUUCAUCGCGUUCUUCAUUACCGUCUCUCUUGUUUACCUGUUGAUGAAGAAAAAUAAGAGUACUAGGGAGCUUGUUCCUAUGUCUACCACUUCUGGCUUCGAAAACGACGCCUACCACAAGUAGUGUGAAGUAGAGAGACAUGAACUGGAGGCUAAAAGCAGACGUGGAAGAUCCACACACAUAAUGCAAGAAGAACGACAGGAGAGAGAUAAAGAGAACUUACUGCGAACUCACCAAUUGGUCACAGAAGAAAUAAGAAGCUGGAGAGGGGGUAAAACUCAAGAUGAGAAGAUUCAAAAAGGAAACAAAAAGUGAGAUGUUGAAAGAGGACAAGGAAGAAUAAACGAAAGAAUGUAAACUAGAAAAGAUUGAUCGAUUUAUUGGACUCAAAGGGGUCAUUAAUGUUUCAUGUCACCUGGUCACCACCAGUCAGUGCCUAAAUUAGGUAUUAAAGCAAACUCUCAGUGUGUAUAAUGUAUAUAUAAUGAGACAUUUAACUCUCGAUGUAUAUACUGUAUAUAUCUUGUGAAUCCAAAAGGGAAGUUUAACAAUAGCAACUUUUUGAAAAAUCUUUGUAAAGACGUAAAAUCAGAUUGUACUGGGCCAUUUUUUUUUUUUAAUUUUUAUUUCAAUUGUACUAACAUUCGUUUAGUAAAAUUUUGAAAAGUAUCGUCACAAUUGAACUUUCAAACAGAAGGAGUAACAUCCACCUCUAUUAAAGAGAAAACUGUAAUUCCUGAAAACAAGGUAUAAUUCACUGAGAUGUAUGCACCUCUAGGAGUAAAUACACUGAGAUGUAUGCACCUCUAGAAGUAUAUACGCUGAGAUGUAUGCACAUCUAGGAGUAUAUAAACUGAGAUGUAUGCACCUCUAGGAGUAUAUACACUGAGAUGUAUGCACCUCUAUGAGAAUAUACACUGAGAUGUAUGCACAUCUAGGAGUAUAUACACUGAGAUGUAUGCACCUCUAGGAGCAUAUACACUGAGAUGUAUGCACCUCUAGGAGCAUAUGCACUGAGAUGUAUGCACCUCUAGGAGCAUGUACACUGAGAUGUAUGCACCUCUAGCAGUAUUUACACUGAGAUGUAUGCACCUCUAGGAUUAUAUACACUGAGAUGUAUGCACCUCUAGGAGUAUAUACACUGAGAUGUAUGCACCUCUAGGAGUAUAUACACUGAGAUGUAUGCACCUCUUGGAGUAUAUACACUGAGAUGUAUGCACCUCUAGGAGUAUAUGCACUGAGAUGUAUGCACAUCUAGGAGCAUAUACACUGAGAUGUAUGCACCUCUAGCAGUAUUUACACUGCG